CGAUUUAGGACUUCGUAGACGCCGUCAGGAUGUCUGACUAGUGGGUUUAUGGGAGAUGUAUUUUCUGUAGCCGAUGUAGCAACUGUGAGCUAUCAUUGAUUGACAGACUGGGUUACGUGUACCACCUAGAAAGCCUGUUAGGAACUGAAAAUCGCUUUCACAAUUUCACACGACCGUUUUUGAAUGUAACUCCACAUACAUGAACAUGGCAUCAUACGCGAGGAUCGCAGGGAAAGUCUUAAGUGGAUGUCAGAGACACCUGCCCACUACUUGUGGUCAGAGGUUCACCAGAGUUCUACAGUUUCCACAGAGACAAUUUUCUGUGAAGACACAUGCAGCUGUGAAGUAUACCAAAAACAAACAGAAAGAUGACAAGCCGAAGGAAGAAAGGGAAAGAAGGACUGAGAAUAUAAAUCGACACAAACCUUUUGGGUUAACAGCAUGGAAACCUGUUGAUGAUGUGUAUGUGACCAGAUUUUACCCAAAGACAGUGUUUGAGGUCAACGCAGCAAUCGAUAUGCUGAAAAGGUUUCAGGAGUUAGACUUUACCUAUCCUAAACAACCUCUAUACCUUGACCUAAAGCUUGAUGUGAAGCUGGAGAAAAAGAAAAAAGUUGAUCCAUUUGUCAGUACUGUUCAUCUGCCACAUCCGUUUAAGACAGAAGUAAACAGAGUUUUAGUGUUUACAGAGAAUACAGAAGAGGUUAAAAUAGCUCAGAAGAGUGGUGCAGCUUUUGUAGGUGGUGCAGAGCUUGUUCAAAAGAUCAUGGAUGAUGAAGUACAGGCAGAUUUCUACAUAGCAGUGCCAGCAAUCCUACCUAAACUUUUACCCUUGAAGAACAAGCUUAGGAAGAAGUUUCCCAAAAGCAAAAGAGGUUCUGUUGGGACAAACAUUCCUAAAAUGCUUGAGUUGUUUAAGACUGGCCAUGAAUAUUUUGUAGAGAGAGAUUGCUAUGUCCUGACAAAAUUUGCUACGCUUGAUAUGCACAAAGAGCAGAUCCUGUCCAACCUGGUCACAAUCAUUCAGGAUGUGUGUUUCCAUAGACCUACAAGCUAUGGGCCCUUUAUUGAAAGAGCUAUCAUUUGCAGUGCAACUAGUGAAGCUUUACAGAUCAAGAUUGAACAAUUUCUUCCCAAAACCGACAAUGAAAAAAUGCUUUAAAAGAACUUGUUGUAUGUGUUCCACUACUGUCGUUUGUAAAUUUCCUAUGAUAAAACAAUAAAGUACAUUCAUUAUAAAUUCUUCAGA